GGUCCCAGUAAUCGCAUGAAGCACCAGGGUGUGCCCGUAUUCGACGAGUCUCUUGUCACACGAAAGCGAAAAGAUGCGCCGCCUGCACCUGUCGUCGAAGAGCGCCCGAAGAAGAGGAAGACCGAUGGAAAAGGAGGAAAGAAGGACGUGAAAGCGGACACUGGCAAAAACAAAGGCAAAGGAAAACCCGUAAAGGUUGCGAAAGCUGCGAAGCCUGCGAAGCCUGCGAAGAAACCUGCCCCAGUUUCCGACGACGAUAUGAUCAGCGAAGAUGACGAGUUUUCCGAUGCGAUCGAUGACCCAGAUGUCAUGGAGGAUCAACUCGAUAGCGUGAACGUCACUGGCCUUGAUGCGCUCGGCAGUGCGUCUGAGGACGAGCUCGAUGACGACUUUGCUGGAUCUGGUUCCGAUAUCGUGGAUGACUCCGACGACGAUGUCCGCAGAGUUGGCUUGUGGUCCGACGAUGAGGACGAGGACGAUAUUGAGGAGAAGCUUACUGCUGCCAAUAUCGAAGGUCUGUCAAGGAAAUUGGACAUGCAGCGCGCUGUUGAAGAGGCGGAGGCACAGGCAGAACUCGAGGAGGCUGCCCUGCAGACCAAUAUCACCGAGGACAGGCCUAAGAUUCUCGAGGAUGAUGACGAGGAGGAUGGGGAGCGUGCUAUCACAAAUCUUGCUGCACAGGACCUGCAGUCUUUGAGGACAAGAUUGACCGAGACGGUCAGAGUGCUAGACGAUUUCAAGAACCUAGCUGAGGAGGGUCGCUCAAGGGCGGAGUACACCAAGCGAUUCUUAAAGGAUGUUUGCGCCUACUAUGGAUACAGCGAGUUCCUGGCUGAGAAGCUGGCAAACUUGUUCCCGGCUCGGGAAGCUUUUGCUUUCUUUGAAGCCAACGAGACACCCAGACCUAUCGUCAUCCGCACAAACACCCUCCGAACGCAUCGAAGAGAACUCGCACAAUCACUUAUUAACCGUGGCGUGCAACUUCAACCCAUUGGAAAAUGGAGCAAGAUUGGACUGCAAAUAUUCGACUCCCAAGUACCUCUUGGUGCUACCCCGGAGUACCUCGCGGGUCACUACAUUCUUCAAGCUGCAUCGUCUUUCCUCCCCGUUAUGGCUUUGGAUCCUCAGGAGCAUGAGAGAGUUCUCGAUAUGGCCGCUGCUCCUGGCGGUAAAACUACUCACAUUGCCGCUCAAAUGAAAAAUACCGGAUGCGUAUUCGCCAACGAUGCCAACAAAUCUCGUGCCAAGGGUCUCAUUGGUAACAUCCACAGAUUAGGUGUCCGAAACACCGUGGUGUGUAACUACAAUGCGCUUGAGUUCCCCAAGGUCAUGGGAGGAUUCGACAGAGUACUCUUGGAUGCUCCCUGUUCCGGAACUGGUGUUAUCGCCAAAGAUGCCAGCGUCAAGACUAACAAGACCGAAGCUGACUUCCUCCGUCUACCCCAUCUUCAAAAGCAGUUGAUUCUCGCUGCCAUCGACUCGGUCGACUCGUCCAGCAAGACUGGAGGGUUCAUCGUGUACUCUACCUGCAGUGUGACAGUCGAAGAGAAUGAGCAGGUCGUCCAAUACGCACUCAACAAGAGGCCGAAUGUCAAGCUUGUCUCCACGGAGCUGACCUUCGGCAAGGAGGGCUUCGUUUCAUACCGAGGAAAGAAGUUCGACCCCAGCCUCAAGCUCACCCGGAGAUUCUAUCCCCAUGCUUACAACGUUGACGGCUUCUUUGUCGCCAAGUUCAAGAAGUUUGCUCCAACUCCUCUCUCAGCCACGGGCGCCAACGGCAAGGCCGAUUCGUCGAGCGCCCAGGCGACUGAGGAGUAUGUUGACAGGACACCCAUCGGUGCAGAGGACGAAGAAUCCGAUGGCUUUGGUGGCUGGGAUGAUGAGGAGGAUGAGAAGUACAUGGAGAAGGCGCAAAGGAAGGAGAUGCGUCGGAAGGGAAAGAACCCCAAAGCA